GCAUGUUCUCCUCCGCGAGUGCAAUGAGAAUUUCCGCAAGCAAGUUAAAGAACAUCAAACCAGCGUCGGUCACCGGCGGCUAUGCGCCCAAGGUCAUUGCCAACCACGAUUUGCUCGCCAAGGACCUUGAUUUGAGCAUUGCUGCUGACGAGAAGGAUGCUGCUUUGGCAUCUAAGCCGGUUCCGUUAGCUGUGGAACUCACAUACUACAAGCCGAUGAAGUGGCCGGUCCACCACAACCACUUGACCGGUGACAUUACCGUCAGAUCAUACGGUAUCUACAACGUGGAACUCUUUUCAGACUUUAUUUUGAGAGUAGGAUACUACUUAGGGAUUCCAAUGACCGGCCCUACCCCUUUGCCGCUCAAGAUCGAAAGCUGGACCACCAUCAGAGGUCCAUUCAUCCACGCAAAAUCCAAGGACAACUGGGAAAGAAAGACCAGAAGCAGACUGAUUAAGUGCUGGGAUUGCACCCCAGAGGUGUUUGAAUUGAUGAUGAGCGUUGUGGAGAAGUACGGGAUUCCUAACUUGGGAGUCAAGUCACAACUCUACGUCGACCAUUCGUUGGAGUCCAUCAAGAAGGACUUGAACAUGGUCGACUCUGUUGCCUUGAAGACUGUUUCUAAGGAGGAGGAUGCCGUGCUUGCAAGAGUUAGAGAGUUGUUGGCCGAUCCAGCCUUUAAGAGGCACUUAGACGCUGAUGCUGAGAGAGUCAAGACCGAGGCCACCCAGGAGCAUAAGAGGCUCGAAUCUGAGGUCGACGCCGAAGUCACUGCCCAGGUCUAAAGCAAACAAUAAUUAAGUGGGAGAGACAGGUAUAAUGUCGCCCAAUUUAUCUGUAUAUAAAUCAUGACAUUCAUUGGAAU